CUGUGGCUGACAGUCACUGGGAUCAGAGAGUGUUUUUGUCCCUCACUGUCCACAUUCUUCAAACCUUGUUAACAGCACCUCACUUUGAGGAGCUCAACCUCUUCUUGAACUGUCGCCAGUUCAACACUAUGCUGCUUCGGACUGUGGCCCUGCUCCUCCUCUGUGUGUCUUUGGCCAUGUGUGCCACUUUAGGCCACUAUCAGACCGAAGCACAGGAGGAGGAGGCCCCCGCUGUGGACUCUGCUGCUACUGCUGAUCCUGUCGUUCCAGCUGAUUCUGUUGAAGCAGCUAAGGAAAGUGUAGCUGCUGCAGAAGUAGGCGAUCCACCUGCAGCUGAGGACCCUGCUGCUAAUUCUCUUCUUGGUGACAGUCUGCUGUCUAAAAUACUCUCGGCGGGUAAUGGUGCAGGUGACAAACCUGAAGUGGACGUUCCUGUGGCAGAUGGUGCAACAGGCAAAGAUCCAGGGACAGACAGUGAUGGGCCUGCUGGAGACGCCCAUGCUAUGGAAGCUGAAGGAGCUGUCACCCAAGAGCAACCUUCGUCUGAGGAGGAGACAAAUGAGAUCAGACCAGUCCAGAAAAACGAGUCCCUGAGCAGACCCCUGGCACAAGAAGAUGAUAACAGUUGGAGCCUCAACUCGAUUAGAAAUAGUUUCCAGAAUGCGCACGGAUACUUUGACUCCCUGGUGGAGCUGGUUGGGGGACGCGAUGGUAUAUGUGAGUACCGCUGCAGAUAUGGAGUUCUUCCUCAACCUCGUCCUGGCUACCAGCUCCCAGAUCCCAACGGCUGCAGCUCCUCUCUGAUAGGAUUCCAGGUGAAUGCUGCUCUUGACCUGGGCAUCCCCGCUAUGACCAAGUGCUGCAACCAGCUGGAUACGUGUUAUGACACUUGUGGCACAAGCAAGUACGACUGCGACUCCGAGUUUCGCACGUGUCUGCACGGCAUCUGCUCUGACCUUAAGAAGAGCUUGGGCUUUGUGUCGAAAGUACAAGCCUGUGAAUCGAUGGCAGAUGCUCUCUACAACACAGUGUGGACUCUUGGUUGCAGAUCUUACAUGAACAGCCAGAGGGCAGCGUGUGUCUGCGAGGGAGAGGAGAGGGAUGAACUGUGACACAGAACUCUAUGGACAACUCCUGAACACUUUUAGAGACAAAAAAAAACAAAGUCAUGGACAUUUCCACAUAUUAUACAGUGGCAUUUUAUCACAAGUACCCUAUCAAAACUCAGAGCCAAGGAAUUAAAAAAAGACAUAAAUAGGGAACAAUUUCUUAUGAUUUAUUCAUAGACAAUGCUAACAAAUGCUACUUGUCAGAAUAUGACUUUCAGAUUCCUAAUUAAUUGCUCAUGCAUAUUAAACUCUCCGUACUCCUCGUUUUAGGUCCACUUUAGGCCUCUAUGACUCCAUUACCAUAAAUUACUUGAUGACUCCAGACAAAGUGCCUGCUGAUAAGACGGGAAGGAUAUUGUAGUCGGAUUAAUUUCCUUUAGAUACAAGACAUAAGAUAAUUACCAUGGUGCACAUGGCCUGUUGUUUGCUGCUAUCUUAAAUUUGUCAAGCUAUUGUGCUAAAGCCUUAAGUCAGUGUCAUGUAAAUGUGAUGCCUAUUACAGCAACUGUGUUAAUGUUUGAUGUAAGUUAUUUGCUAGUUAUUUGUUUUUUUAUGAAUAAAUGCAUGACUAAUUGCUGUUUAACUGACAUGAUUAACUCUAGAUUAACUGUCAGAGAGAUGAGGCCAGUGCAUAAUUUGCAGGCACAGCUUACUGAUGUCUCCUUUUCCCAUCACGCUGCAAUGUGUGAAAUGCUCCUCAGACAUCAAUUAUACCGAGCGAAACGAGUCAGAAGGCAUCCAUGGAUGUUCCACAUAUAUUUUUUAAGUCGCUAAUGGUGGUAAAUAUAGAUAUAGUCCACGUUUAUAAACCCACUAAAUCUCUAAGCUGUAAUCAAGCCUGAGAAAUGCCUGAAUGUGUGACCUCGAAAAACAUCCUUCAUGCUGCAGUUGUUAGAAAUGAACUGUGGACCCUCCGAAUGGCUUCUAAUUGAAAUGUCAUUCACUUUAAUGUCGAUGGUAAAUUGUGUUGCAAGGAAAAGUCGCAUAGACAUACAAACAUGGAAGAGUUAACCAGAAUUCAAGGAACAGAAACAAAAAAGAAUACUGCAUAUUUUCAUGCAUGGGUGUGUAUGUGGGACAGUGCAACAGACCGGCUUUGUGUACAUUUAUUUGAUGUUCCUCCAAAUAAAAUGAAACGAUCAUCUUUAA